GUUGAAUGAAACAUUCCCGUGGUCUCCAGUUUGCCAAAAGGUGCAUGGACUGAACAGACUGAGCAGACCACCAGAACCACCCAGGUUGGCCCAUCCCAAACAGGCAAUGUGUGCACGGUUUCGAACUCUCAGUGCCACGCUGCGAGCGGGGCGUUUCCCAAAAGGGAGCUAAGACCAUCCCUUAGCAUCCUCUGGCAGACUAGCAUCCCUUAGCACUGCUUCUCAGUCCGGUUAUGACGUCGGCCGUCUCUUCCGGGCUCUCAGUGGCCCUUCAGCUUUGCCAUUGUCCGCCAACGAAUUACCAUCUCAGCCUCGACCUCUCCCGACUGAUCUUCGCCUCCCCGUCUCCUUCACCUCCACUAUUUACUCCCGAGCCUCCCCAGCUUUUCCCGCGCCCCCCUGCUUUGCUACCACCGAAACUGUAUCUUUCUCCGGACGGCCCACGUGGACUUGGUUUGUUGUGACGCCAAUCAUCAACACCCAUACCCACACAAGUCUGUCAACAACAACUUCUUCCCUUCCUGGUAUCAGCGGAGAGGCCCAUCAUGCAUCGCACCUAUUCUAUGCGCCAGACGAGGGCGCCGACUGCCUCUCAGAUCCAGAAUCCUCCACCGCCAGCCUCGAGCACCAAGUCAGGCCGUCUCUUCGGCCGUGGCGGCUUUGGUGCGUACCUUUCCCCAGCAGUGUGGUAUCGUGAUGGCGCAAAACGGAAGAGAGUCGCGAUUGACCCGCAGACUCGUUAAGAUGGAGAAGAAUGUCAUGCGCAGCCUGGAGACCGUCGCAAAAGAACGCAUGGAAGUUGCUCAACAACUCUCCAUCUGGGGCGAGGCUUGCGACGAGGACGUUUCCGACGUCACGGAUAAGCUAGGCGUCCUAAUAUACGAGAUCGGCGAGCUUGAGGACCAGUACGUCGACCGUUACGACCAGUAUCGCGUGACCAUCAAGAGCAUUCGGAACAUCGAGGCCUCGGUGCAGCCGAGCCGCGACCGCAAGCAAAAGAUCACCGAUCAGAUCGCGCAGCUGAAGUACAAGGAGCCCAACUCCCCCAAGAUUGUCGUCCUGGAGCAAGAACUCGUCCGCGCUGAGGCAGAGUCUCUGGUCGCGGAGGCGCAGCUGUCCAAUAUCACGCGGGAGAAGAUCAAGGCGGCCUACACCUACCAAUUUGACGCUCUGCGGGAGCACUGCGAAAAAGUGGCCAUCAUUGCUGGGUACGGCAAGCAUCUCCUGGAGCUAAUCGACGACACGCCCGUGACGCCUGGGGAGACGCGUGCCGCUUACGAUGGAUACGAGGCCAGCAAAGCCAUCAUUCAGGACUGCGAGGAUGCCCUGACCAACUGGGUUACACAGAAGGCUGCUGUCUCCUCCAAAUUGUCCACUAGAGCCCGUACACUGUCAACCCGCCGCCGCAACAACAUCAAGGCCAGGUCCGAAGGCCAUGAUCUAUCAAACCAAGAUGUCCCGCUUAAUGACCGGGACUCUUGGGUACCAGCAGGACAGCACAAGGGUGAAUAUGACGAUGAAGAGGAGGACGAUGAGGAGGAGGACGACCUGCUAGAGAGCGAUAAUGGUCUGAACGGGGAGCACCGUGGCCGCACCCAGGAGGCCGUUGCAGCUUAA